AUGGAUGAGGAAGUCGAGUCCUCCGAGGACAAAGACAACGUCCCUAUCGACGCCUACCCGGAAACAUUUCCGGAAUUCAACCAGGCGAAAAUACCUUCAGCAGCUGCCAAAGAAGAAGGAAGCCCGAAGUCCCGGCUCGCGACGAAGUCAGGUUACCAAAUCCCCAGUGAGGAGGAAAUCCAGGCGGCGAUACGACGCGCCAACCAAUACCAGAAUAACCCCGUGACAAACGGCCCUCGUCGCAGACCCGGAGCAGGAGGCGGACGACACAGGAGCGCGGAAGUAUCUUUUCAACUCCCACCUGCACAUCACAACCACCUUCAAGCGCAAAGCUCGACGUGUGCCGCGACCGCGCCGACUACUCCCUCUCUCACUGUCACGUCGAGUCCCAGUCCUAGCCGACGUCAAGGCAUCUCAGUUCCAGGCAAAUCGGGUUACAUCCCCACUCUUCCCCCGUUGAGCACUGAACGCCCCCGCGCUCCUAACCUCAGCCGACCCCGACCCAUCGUCGUUGGAGGCUACGAUAAUCCUCUUGACGAGCAUCGCCAGAGAGUUUUGCGACGUCAAGCCGCUGACAAAUUGACUCUCGAAGGUUUCCUGGAGGAAUCUCGUCGUCGAGUCGUUCCGCAGCGCCCAAGCCCCCGGCCGCUGCCCGAGCCCCCCACUGGUAGCAGCACCCGCACAGCUGUCGCACCCGACCGUGCUUUUCAAGCCCCUCCCCCCGCCCAGGACACUACUCCACCGCACCCUUCGCCCUUACAAUCGAACCCGGUCGCCUUCAACCAGCAGGAGCCCUUCCCAGCGGUCUCAAGUCGCCGUUCCCGGUCCGCAUCGCUGACAAGUUCCUCCAACCCCCCUCCGUUCGUCUUUCCGGGUUCGAUUGGCAAUCGACCACUCCCCGAACCCAUCAAAGAGGAGCCAUCAACCGAGGAGGAAGAGCUCUACUACGCUGAGGAACCCGAGGUUCGCAGCGCACAAAUCGCCCACAUUGUUCGACCAUCCGACGACCCCGCCAACGACUCAUUCGACGUUUCUCUCCGUGGUGGAAGCUUGGACUACGAGGAUUUUGCCGACGAGUUCGACGAAUUUGAUCCAGCCUACUACGAGUCCGACGAUCUCGAGUACGAUUUGGCCCAGCCGACCAACGAGUUCAAUCCAAACGUUUCCAAAGAGUUCGAUCCCUACGAAGUUGAGGCAAAUUCCCAACCACAUCCCCGACCCGGCCCUGCCAACCUCUCGCCGAACGCAGGUUUGGAUGAGUGGCUGGAGGAAGCCAAGCAGUGCCACUACUUGCCCGAGCGCGCUAUGAAAGAGCUCUGUGAGCUUGUAAAGGAGGUGCUCAUGGAGGUCUUCGUGCUUGGCUUCACAUGUACUGACUUGGGAACUUUAGAAUCUAACAUCCAGCCGGUGUGCACUCCGGUUACAAUCUGCGGCGACAUCCACGGCCAGUUCUACGAUCUCCUCGAGCUGUUCCGCGUCGCGGGUGGAAUGCCCGGCGAAACCAGAGUUUCCGCCACCUCCCAAUCUGCCGAGACCCGCUUCGUUUUCUUGGGUGAUUUCGUCGACCGCGGCUACUUCAGUCUCGAGACGUUCACUCUUCUCAUGUGCUUGAAGGCCAAGUACCCUGACAGAAUCGUUCUCGUCCGCGGUAACCACGAGUCUCGUCAAAUCACCCAAGUCUAUGGAUUCUAUGAGGAGUGCCAGCAGAAGUACGGAAAUGCCUCCGUCUGGAAGGCCUGCUGCCACGUUUUUGACUUCCUGGUUCUCGCCGCCAUCGUCGACGGCGAGCUUCUCUGCGUUCACGGCGGCUUGAGCCCCGAGAUUCGUACCAUUGACCAGAUCCGUGUCGUUGCCCGUGCCCAAGAGAUUCCCCACGAGGGUGCUUUCUGCGAUCUUGUCUGGUCGGACCCAGAAGACGUUGAGACGUGGGCUAUCAGCCCUCGUGGCGCCGGUUGGCUCUUUGGCGACAAGGUUGCAACCGAAUUCAAUCAUGUCAACGGCCUCAAGUUGAUUGCCAGAGCUCAUCAGCUUGUCAACGAGGGCUACAAGUACCACUUCCCUCAAAACUCGGUCGUCACCGUUUGGUCUGCUCCCAACUACUGCUACCGCUGCGGCAACGUCGCAUCUAUCAUGACUGUCGACAAGGACAUGAACCCCAAGUUCAGCAUCUUCUCCGCUGUCCCUGAUGACCAGCGCCAUGUUCCCGCCAACCGCCGCGGACCUGGUGACUACUUCCUUUGA